AUGAACGCGCAAAGGAUCCUUUCGAGGAGGACGCUCUCGUCCGCCCUCUGCAACAGCAACCGCAACGUCGCUCACGCUCAGCGCCAAUUCAGCACGACGCCCUCGCCCGCCGUCACCGCUUUCCAGUCCUACACUCUCCCCUUGCAUCCGCCAUCGCCGCCACGCUCAGGCAAUGAUUCCAUGGCUUUCCCCGUCCAGCCGCCCAUGCCGCGGGUACACGAGACCAGACCUCACAAGAUUGCGUCGCCACCGCAACAGCAACAGUCACAACAACUAAACAACAACUUUGCGCAAACGUCAUCACCAUCUACAUCGUCAACGACUCCCGCCGUCCCCAAGCAAGAACAAACCAAGACCGCCACCGCCGCACCACAACCCUCCUCCGCCGCCACGCAACCAACACCCUCCAAGCCCGCCCCCCGCGCCUCCCGCCUGCGCGCCCCGCGCAAGGCCCCCAUGAAGCUCACGCCGGCGGCCGUCGAGCACCUGCGCGCGAUGCUGGACCAGCCGGACCCGAAGCUGAUCAAAGUCGGCGUGCGCAACCGGGGGUGCAGCGGGCUGGCGUACGACCUGCAGUACGUGGACAAGGCGGGGGCGUUUGACGAGACGGUGGAGCAAGACGGCGUCAAGGUGUUGAUUGACAGCAAGGCGCUGUUUAGCAUUAUUGGGAGCGAGAUGGAUUGGGUGGAGGAUAAACUCAGUCAGAGGUUUGUUUUUAGGAAUCCUAAUAUUAAGGAGCAAUGUGGUUGUGGAGAGUCGUUCAUGGUAUAG